UGGAUCACUCUCCCCAGAAGCACACUUGCCCACUCCUGGGACAGCGGUCUCAGUGAGCCAGCACACAGGGACCGCCCAAAGGAAGCUGGAGGUGCUGCUUCAUGCAAACUGAAGUUACAGGACUUGAGCUGUUUUCCUUUCCCCAUCCCCCCACCUCCCGACAAACCACAUCUUGACUCAUAUGGUUGAAAGAAAAAAAACUCUUUCAGUUAUUUGAUAUUUGGGAAACUUCCAGGAGAUCAUAACUGAGUUUUGAGCAAGCUUCCAUCUCUGCCUUGCUGGGAAGGAACACACACACACACACACACCACACACACACACACCACACACACACACACACAUACACACACACACACCCCACACAGCUGUACACCAUGGUGGUUCAGGCUGCAGUAGCUCCGAAUAGAUCUCAAAGACUUUUACUGAAAAUACCUUAUGGAUCUCUGAGAAGGCGCAGCGUGGAGAGGAUGACGGAGGGCCGUCGAUGUCAAGUCCAUCUUCUUGAUGACAGGAAGCUGGAACUCCUAGUUCAGCCCAAGCUUUUGGCCAAGGAGCUUCUUGACCUCGUGGCAUCUCACUUCAACCUGAAGGAGAAGGAAUACUUUGGGAUAGCAUUCACGGAUGAGACGGGACACUUAAACUGGCUUCAACUAGAUCGAAGAGUACUGGAGCACGACUUCCCUAAAAAGUCAGGACCCGUGGUUUUGUACUUUUGUGUCAGGUUCUACAUAGAAAGCAUCUCCUACCUGAAGGACAACGCCACCAUUGAGCUCUUCUUCCUGAAUGCCAAGUCCUGCAUCUACAAGGAGCUUAUUGAUGUCGACAGUGAAGUGGUGUUUGAAUUGGCUUCCUAUAUUUUACAGGAGGCAAAGGGGGAUUUUACUAGCAAUGAGGUCGUGAGGAGUGACCUGAAGAAGCUGCCAGCCCUUCCCACCCAAGCUCUGAAGGAGCACCCCUCCCUGGCCUACUGUGAAGACAGAGUAAUUGAGCACUACAAGAAGCUGAAUGGCCAGACGAGAGGUCAAGCAAUCGUGAACUACAUGAGCAUCGUGGAGUCUCUCCCAACCUACGGGGUUCACUAUUAUGCAGUGAAGGACAAGCAGGGGAUACCAUGGUGGCUGGGACUAAGCUACAAAGGAAUCUUCCAGUAUGACUACCAUGAUAAAGUGAAGCCAAGGAAGAUAUUCCAAUGGAGGCAAUUGGAAAACCUGUAUUUCAGAGAAAAGAAGUUUUCUGUGGAAGUUCAUGACCCCCGCAGGGCUUCGGUGACAAGGAGGACAUUUGGGCACAGUGGCAUUGCAGUGCACACCUGGUAUGCAUGUCCAGCAUUAAUCAAGUCCAUUUGGGCUAUGGCUAUUAGCCAACACCAGUUCUAUCUGGACAGAAAGCAGAGUAAGUCCAAGAUCCAUGCGGCACGAAGUCUGAGCGAGAUUGCCAUUGACCUGACCGAGACUGGGACUCUGAAGACCUCAAAGUUGGCCAACAUGGGGAGCAAGGGGAAGAUUAUCAGCGGCAGCAGCGGGAGCCUACUGUCCUCAGGUUCCCAGGAAUCAGAUAGCUCUCAGUCAGCCAAGAAGGACAUGCUGGCCGCCUUGAAAUCCAGGCAGGAGGCUCUGGAGGAAACCCUGCGCCAGAGGCUGGAGGAACUGAAGAGGCUGUGUCUCCGGGAAGCUGAGCUCACCGGCAAGCUGCCAGUUGAAUAUCCCCUGGAUCCAGGGGAGGAACCACCCAUUGUUCGAAGAAGGAUUGGCACAGCCUUCAAGUUGGAUGAACAGAAAGUCCUGCCCAAAGGAGAGGAAGCCGAGUUGGAACGACUGGAACGAGAGUUUGCAAUUCAGUCCCAGAUUACGGAAGCUGCCCGCCGCCUUGCCAGUGACCCCAAUGUCAGCAAAAAACUGAAGAAACAAAGAAAAACCUCUUAUCUGAAUGCACUGAAGAAGCUGCAGGAGAUUGAAAAUGCAAUCAAUGAGAACCGCAUCAAGUCUGGGAAAAAACCCACCCAGAGGGCUUCGCUGGUCAUAGACGAUGGAAACAUUGCCAGUGAAGAUAGCUCCCUCUCUGAUGCCCUUGUUCUUGAAGACGAAGACUCUCAGGUCACCAGCACAAUAUCCCCCUUACAGUCUCCUCACAAGGGACUUCCUCCUCGGCCACCAUCGCACAACAGGCCUCCUCCUCCCCAGUCCCUGGAGGGACUCAGGCAGAUGCACUAUCACCGCAACGACUAUGACAAGUCACCCAUAAAGCCCAAAAUGUGGAGUGAGUCCUCUUUGGAUGAGCCUUAUGAGAAGGUCAAGAAACGCUCUUCUCACGGUCAUUCUAGUAGCCACAAGCGCUUCCCCAGCACAGGAAGCUGCGCUGAAGCAGGAGGAGGAAGCAGCUCCUUACAGAACAGUCCUAUCCGCGGCCUCCCGCACUGGAACUCCCAGUCUAGCAUGCCAUCCACACCAGACCUGCGUGUCCGAAGCCCCCACUACGUCCAUUCCACAAGAGACUCCCAGACCAAGCCCGCGUCUCCCUGCAGGUCCGUGGACAUCAGCCCCACGCGACUGCACAGCCUCGCAUUGCACUUUAGGCACCGGAGCUCCAGCUUGGAGUCCCAGGGCAAGCUCCUGGGCUCGGAGAACGACACGGGGAGCCCCGACUUCUAUGCCACCCCGCGGACUCGUAGCAGCAAUGGCUCAGACCCCAUGGACGACUGUUCAUCGUGCCCCAGCCACUCGAGCUCAGAGCACUACUACCCGGCGCAGAUGAAUGCCAACUACUCGACGCUGGCAGAGGACUCGCCGUCCAAGGCGCGCCAGCGGCAGCGGCAGCGGGCGGCGGGCGCGCUGGGCUCGGCGAGCUCGGGCAGCAUGCCCAACCUGGCCGCGCGCGGUGGCGCUGCGGGGCCGGGGGGCGCGGCUGCGGGCGGUGGCGUGUACCUGCACAGCCAGAGCCAGCCCAGCUCGCAGUACCGCAUCAAGGAGUACCCACUGUACAUCGAGGGAAGCGCCACGCCCGUGGUGGUGCGCAGCCUGGAGAGCGACCAGGAGGGCCACUACAGCGUCAAGGCGCAAUUUAAGACCUCCAACUCCUACACGGCUGGUGGCCUGUUCAAGGAGAGCUGGCGCGGUGGCGGAGAUGAGGGCGACGCGGGCCGCCUGACGCCGUCGCGCUCGCAGAUCUUAAGGACUCCGUCACUGGGCCGCGAGGGCUCCCACGACAAGGGCGCGGGCCGGGCCGCCGUGUCGGAUGAGCUGCGCCAGUGGUACCAGCGCUCCACAGCCUCGCACAAGGAGCACAGCCGCCUGUCGCACACCAGCUCCACCUCCUCCGACAGUGGCUCGCAGUACAGCACCUCCUCCCAGAGCACCUUUGUGGCGCACAGCAGGGUCACCAGGAUGCCCCAGAUGUGCAAGGCCACGUCAGCUGCCUUACCUCAAAGCCAGAGAAGCUCAACACCGUCAAGUGAAAUCGGAGCCACCCCCCCAAGCAGUCCCCACCACAUCCUAACCUGGCAGACUGGAGAAGCAACAGAAAACUCGCCCAUUAUGGAUGGGUCUGAGUCUCCACCUCACCAAAGUACUGAUGAAUAGAGGGGCUGCAAUGACAGCUGCUUCCUGGAUUCCUCCCCCUACCCAGAACUAGCUGACGUCCAGUGGUAUGGGCAGGAAAAAGCCAAGCCCGGGACCCUCGUGUGAGACAGCCCCGGCCUGAUCUGACCGCCUCGACGCCAUUCUGAGUCACCUCACUGCCUCUCAUUUGCCUUACCCAGACGCACUGUCACCUGCACCAGCUUCGGUCCUCAGCACUUUUUUUCUCCUGUCUCCGCAACCCCUUCACCCUCAAAACCUGACUGAGGAGACAUUCUGGAAGGUUCCGGUCCCACUGUGUGUCCCCUGGCUCUCUUGCCCACAGAGAGCUAAUCAGCAAUCCUCAAUGGCACCUUGGUGGCUUCCCCUGCCUUGACAGCCCCCAGGCCAGGAACUGUCAGGGAAGCCGGCUGGCAUGAAAUUCCUGCGGACAAGUAGCAUUGGCAGAGAACAGGAAGAUUUACCCACAGAAGGACUAUGAAGCUGCGUCCAGCCUGCCGCCUGUAGGCCAACCAAGCACUUCAAGGAGAGGGUACCUUGUGGGGAUAUUCAGUUGACACCUGAAAUAUUCCUAAUAGAGCUUGGGGGAGGGAGUGUCUGCGGGGAGAAGAAGUGAGGAAGGUUAACACCCCGAGAUGCACCAGAGGAUCACAAUCAGUUCUACGCUGCCAAAGAGAAACAAAUAAAAUAAUUACAUGCAAACAGAAAUAAGAGGGGCCAAGCGGAAGACAUUCUUUCUGCAAUGAAAUUUCUUUUAGAAUCUAAACUGCUUCUGCACACCACAGUGUAAGUCAACCAUUUGUAAAUCGUGUCCUCUGAUCCAUCACCCUUGACAGUCCACUUCUUCCUCCGUGAGAGCCUGGAACCCUAACCCAAUGGCAGGGUGAAGAUCAGGGAGUCUUGGCUGGCCUCCCUGACUCAGAAUCUCCAUCAGUCUGGACAUGAAGGAAAACAGACCCUCGGGGAGGAGCAGAGUGUACAAUUAGCCUGGUCUGUGAAGGGGGCUCAGCCGAAGCCCGAGACCCAAAGCUGCUUUCCUUUGGGGAUUUGUAGUAAACAUAAGGUGAUAAUUGCCAAAAGUGGUUCUCUCUCAUUAAAACGACCAGUAAAAGUGUAACCUAUUUUUUUGCACAAGGUGUUUCAUUUUUUCUUUUCUUUUUUUUUUAUGGGAAACCAAGGGAAAAGCACAUUGCAGUCCAUUCAAGUGUUUAACUGUUGUGGCUCAUUUUAUGUUAGCACUUGUGUGACAAACAGCUCAGAUUCGACUUCUCCUAUGUGUCACUUAUUCAAAGAACCCAACUAUGCCCUUAGGUAGAAAGAUUUUCCACAGUGUCUACUAGCCAGCAGGCAGAGCAGGGUUGAAAAAAAAAAAAAUCAGCUCCCAAAGGACCUGUAACCUACUGCAGAAUCAGUUACCGUGAAGCACCACCUUUGUCUGCAGAUACCAAAAGAGGAAGAAAAAUAACAGAUGGGAGCUGCCCGUUUACAUGUGUUUUGAGCUAUGCUUAAUACACAACCAGAAAGCCAUCAAUCUUCAAAGGCCUCAAAAAAAUACUUUUAUAAUAACUAACAAGUGCACAAUCUUAGUUGGGUUACUCAAGAUGGCACAAAAAAGGUCACAGAGGUGGUAUGCUGUGCUUGUUGGCGCCAAGUGGGGGUGGGGUGGGGUGGCGUGUUCUUCUUUGUAACGAUUUCCUAUUGGAAAGGCAUUUGACAGCCAGGGACAGGAGCCAGGGUGGGGGUGGUUUUUUGGGAAAGCAGAACUAAAGUUAGCUGUAGUGUCAAAAGAAAAAAAAAAAUUUCGUUUUUCAUGUAUAUGUAAUCCAAGAAUAACAAUAGACUCUACCAGACCAGGGAGGGUAAGAAUGGACACCAAAAUGAACUGCUCCCUCUGCCACUGGGGAGAACUGGAAGUCAAGUGGGAGCAUCAGGCCACAGCCUCUUCCACUUCUUUGUGCACGAUUCAGGGCCCCAGAGCCCACUGUGCAUGGCUAGGUUGGUGAUACCAGUUUGCAGAAGGGAUUGCUAUUUUCAGAACACUGAGGAAUAAAACUGCAGGAUAAAUAGAAACUAGUUAGGAAGUUACUGAAUGAAUCUGGGGCUUGACUGGGUGGGAAGGAGGUAUUUCAAUUGUUUUUGUUUUGACAGAGCUACAGACAGCAUGUUUUUUUUUUAGCCCUCCCCCCACCUUCCCUGUUUGAAAGCAUUCAUUGGGUCAUUUUUUAUUUUUCCUACAAGAUAGAUGAAUAAUCAGACUGAAUUAUAUGCAACAGGAAAAGUCAAAAGGGAAAUGGAAAAGGGGACAAGGUAGCAAGGUUACAGGUGAUAUAACUUGGACGGUGGUUUGAAAUCAGGUCUGAAGUAAAUUGGAUCAAACUUUCUUCCAAAAACCUUGGGUUACAUUUAGAUUUGAGGGGGGGGGGCAAAGAGGAAUGGAGUGGGAACAGAAUUACAGUUCUAGCAAACAUCCUGAGAGUCUGGUAGUAAAGACAGAUUAAGUAAAACAGGUUUUACUGUUUAGCUGUGUUCAGUUGAUACAAAAUGUACAUAACUGUUAGUCCUUGAGACUGACAUGAUAAUGGUCAGUGUGGUGGGAAAUGCUGUAGUGAUUAUAUGCAAGCACUUGGAAACUCUUUACAUAUCCCUAUUUCUUUAAAACAAAAUAUGAUGAAAUACAAAGUCCCUGGUCUGAUAAAAGCCCCUAUUGGAUUUUUUGGAUACAUGUAAGAAAUUGCCUGUUUCAGCCAGAAGACUGGUGAAGACACAUAAACCAGACUACGUUGUGAGCCAGGUUGUUUUUUUGUUUUGUUUUGUUUUGUUUUAAUUUUGUUAUAUGCAGGUGAGUGUUGAAACUGUUAAAAUUCCAAUUUGUUUUCAUUCAGUAUUAGUUUAGUUCUAAAUAUAGCAAACCUCAUCCAGGUGCUAUCAGACGACCAAUUACUGCUUAGUUAACUAGGUGUAAAGUUUUACAUAUACAUUAAUGUCAAUAGUUUAUUACAAGUUGUGUAAAAUGGACUCUAGUUUAAUAAUGGGGGGAAAGAUUAGGUUGCUCCUGAAACUGACUGUAGAGCAUGUAAAAUGAUUUUACUGGAUUCUGUUCAACUGUAAUCAAUGAAAAAGAUGUAUGUUGUAGACAAAGUUGCAGAAUUAAAGAGAAAUCUGCUUUUAAUUUAUUCUUUUUGUAUUAAGAAUUUGUAUAGUACCUUUACAUUUUGCAAACCAGUGUUGUCAACACUUAUUAAAGCAUUUUCAAAAUGAAAA